CAGGAGGGCGAGAGUUGGAGCAGCAUCUUUGAGGACAUUGAAAGGGUCAUCAUGCCUGGGGUAGUUCACUGGCAGAGCCCUCACAUGCAUGCCUACUUCCCUGCUCUAACAUCAUGGCCAUCUUUACUUGGGGACAUGUUGGCAGAUGCUAUUAACUGUUUAGGAUUCACUUGGGCUUCGAGCCCGGCCUGCACCGAACUGGAGAUGAACGUACUGGAUUGGUUGGCUGCAAUGCUGGGUCUUCCUGACCAUUUCUUGCACCAUCACCCAGAGAGUCAGGGAGGAGGCGUUCUCCAGAGUACAACCAGUGAGGCCACAUUAGUCGCCCUAUUAGCUGCAAGGAAAGCCAAGAUCAUCGAGAUAACAUCGACCGUUCCCAAACUCGAUCACUGUGUCCUCAACUCCCGCCUGAUUGCAUAUGCCUCUGACCAGGCUCAUUCCUCUGUGGAGAAAGCUGGACUGAUCACUUUUGUUAAAAUUCGGUUCCUUGAAACUGAUGAAGAUUGGUCCCUUCGAGGUGAGACUCUGAAGCAAGCAUUAGAAGAAGAUAGAAGAUUAGGACUUGUUCCAUUCUUUGUCUGCGCUACACUUGGUACGACUGCUGUGUGUGCCUUUGACUGUUUGUGUGAACUGGGACCUAUUUGUGCCAGUGAGGGACUGUGGCUUCAUAUCGAUGCAGCAUAUGCCGGAUCUGCCUUCCUGUGUCCUGAGUUUCGGAAUUUCCUGAAGGGUAUUGAAUAUGCAGAUUCCUUCGUCUUUAACCCUUCCAAGUGGAUGAUGGUUCACUUUGACUGUACGGUGUUUUGGGUGAAAGACAAGUGGAAACUGCAGGAAACCUUCAGCGUUAAUCCUGUGUAUCUCCAACAUGCCAACUCUGGAGCAACGACAGACUUCAUGCACUGGCAAAUCCCUUUGAGCCGUAGAUUCAGAUCUGUAAAGCUCUGGUUUGUUAUUCGCUCUUUUGGUGUGAAGAAACUCCAGGACCACAUCAGACAUGGCACGAAGAUGGCCAAAUAUUUUGAGACCUUAGUGCGAAGUGACUCCAAGUUUGAAGUCCCAGCAAAAAGGCACCUUGGACUGGUGACCUUCCGGCUGAAGUUUUAUCAAACUAAACAGGGACCAAACAGACUGACGGAAGUGCUCCUGACAGAACUCAACCAAUCAGGGACUAUCUACCUGGUGCCUGCCACCAUCUCUAAGAAGUUCAUCAUUCGAUUUGCUGUCACGUCCCCAUUCACAAUCAGAGAUGACAUCCUGCACGAUUGGAACAUAAUCCAGCAAAAUGCAAUCAAAGUUCUAUUGGAGCACUCCAAACCUGCAAACCUUGAGCAGGAGACAGGAGAGUGAGCCAUUAUGGGAGUCCAAUCAAGGUGCAUGAUGUUGUAGUUCUGGUUCUCUCAACAUAGUCAAAACCCGCAGUGUUCACCAGCUGAAUCCAUGCUCACUCCCAGCCUCCCAGGUGAGCUUGGUAUUCAACAAGAUGUUUUAAUCCUUGAGAUCUAACGGAUCCUUUUGAAGACACUUUCAGUGUGGAAGCUGUGAAACCUAGAGCUGAAUCCACCUCUUCCUCGAUGCUGCUUGGCCAUUUCCCAAUGCCAGAGAAACAGGAAGCUCAUGAGAAGCAGCAGUCCUGAACCCAAUUCUGACAUUGAGAUGCGAAUGUCCUACUGACAGCAGCUCUCAAAUCCUAGAAAAGUGAAACUGAGAAAUAAGAUCUAGAAAGUGCCUGCCCAAGAUUUCCUGCAUAGAACAGUUCCCUUGCUUUGCUGUUACGUGUAAUUCAUUAAAGUUACGGCUUUGUUCCCUCAUUUUGCAGUCUCCAAUGGUUUGAUUAUUUCUCUCAAUCAGAGGGAAAACAUGGAAUUAUUGAGUUCCGAUCUCUGUCUGUUUCAUAAUCAGAUUCUAAUUAAUUGAUUC